UUCACAGAGGGAGGUCCCAUUAUUAUGUUUCAAGUGGAAAAUGAAUAUUCAGCCUAUGGAAAGAAUACUGACCACCUCAAAUUGUUGGUUUAUCUGAUGAAGGGUCAUGGGGUCAAGGAACUGCUUGUCACCAGUGAUCAUAAGUUCAAGGACAAGUAUGUGGAGAACAAGGCGCUAGAUUUUAGUAAAUAUGCCUUACCAACAGACAACUUUGAUAUAAAAAAGAGCAACAGUUUCUCCCUGAUCCGAAAGCUGAACAAACAUUUCCCAGUUAUGGUCAUGGAGUUUUGGACCGGCUGGUUCGAUUUCUGGGGACAAGGAAAACAUUCUACACCAAAUAUUAAAGAACUGGAAAAAUCUCUUAACUUUAUCCUGGAUGAGGGAGGCUCCUUUAACCUGUACAUGUUUAUUGGUGGCACCAACUUUGGCUUUACGUCUGGAGCCAAUAACUUCACUGGCUACCAGCCCCUGGUUACCAGUUAUGAUUACGAUGCUAUAUUGUCAGAAGCAGGGGACAUCACUGCAAAAUACAAUUUGGUCAGAAACAAGCUACUCAAGUUUUACAAGUCAAUAGGUGUGAAUGAUUUACCUAAAGUCCCUCCAAACACACCAAAGGCCAGUUAUGGAAACAUAGAGAUCUCUGAGGUGAUGGAGUGGGAUGUCUUCUUGUCACUGAUCCCUAUUGGAACCACAGACAACAAAGUAAACUUUAUGGAAACUUACAGAGACCACGACGGUGUCUACAAUGUAAUGGGUUACAUCGUUUACUCACACGUCAUUGGAGGUAAUACCCACUGGAACAAGAUGCCUGGAGUACAACUGACCGGCUUUGCCAGGGAUAGGCUCACGGCUGUCUUAAACAGCGAGGCCUUCUUUGUCAUGGACAACAUCAGGAAGACGGUCGAGGAGGAGCACCAGUUUCUUCAUUACAACUGGGACAAAGCGUGGCAGGAAGUUGCAAGCAAGAUAGAAAAAAAGCCCAAAAAACCGUCGCAGCGUUUGGAUUUGAUGGUUGAGAACUUAGGCAGAGUCAACUAUUCACCAAUGGAAAGUGCUUUAUUUGAUCACCAGCGUAAAGGUCUGCAGGGACCAGUGUUUCGGUACAUAUUUGACAUCAUCGAAGAGUGGAAUAUCCGCUUCAUCAACUUCAGCCCAGAACAGUGCAAGAUUUUGUCGAGGUCAUCCACCUGGUCCUCUGUGGAAGAUCACGAGAGAAAGCUUAAGGACAGAUCAGACGGGGAGAAACUAGCCCCGACAUUGUAUCGAGCUUAUCUGAAUAUCACAGGAAAGCCCAACGACACAUUUGUUAAAAUGGAGGGAUGGGGCAAAGGUGUUCUGAUUGUCAAUGGAUUCAACUUAGGACGUUACUGGAGUAUGGGGCCCCAGAAGACACUCUACCUGCCUGGACCAAUCUUGAAGUCGGGGAGAAAUGAAAUUCUAGUAUUUGAAGAAGUGAAGCGUGGAAAAGAUGUCACAUUCCAGAACUUUCCGGAGCUGUAA